AAAAAACACAAAACAUUUAGUGAUACAGAGAUUAAGAGGGAGAGAGAAUAUGGAGAGAGGAAUUUUGGUGAUGUUGGUUUUGGGUUUGUGCCUUUUGGGUGUGGCCAAUGCCCAAAGUGCCACAAAUGUUAGGGCUACAUAUCACUUGUACAACCCACAAAACAUCAAUUGGGAUUAUCUUAGGGCAAGUGUCUUCUGUGCCACAUGGGAUGCCAACAAGCCCUUGGAGUGGCGCCGCCGUUACGGCUGGACCGCCUUUUGUGGCCCUGUCGGCCCUCGUGGCCAAGCUUCCUGCGGUCGCUGCUUGAGGGUGACCAACACUGAAACUAGAGCUUCAGCAAUAGUAAGGAUUGUGGAUCAAUGUGCCAAUGGAGGAUUAGAUUUGGAUGUGAAUGUUUUUAAUAGCAUUGACACCAAUGGAAAUGGACAUGCUCGUGGCCAUAUGUUCGUCAAUUACCAGUUUGUCAAUUGCUGAGAUUCUUCUUUUACUUCAUUCUUCCUAAGAAGAAGAAUGAGGAAAAGAAAAUCAUGUAUGCGCGACUGGAUAAAUAAAUUAUGAAUAAAUGAUGAACUAAGUGUUUUUCAAUUCUA